AUGCACGAGAGCGGCGCCGCGAAAACGGGUGAAUCGGCAGCCGAUCACUUCAAAGACGGCAUCAUCGAUCUGCUCGCCGGAACUGCUGGUAUUAAGACAUUUAGAGAAAGAUUCUGGAAAAGAGGGAUUCAGGUGGAGUGGCGAAUGUGUACGCAGGACAGCCGCUGGACACUGUCAAAGUCAAAGUGCAGACAUUCCCGCACUUGUACUCCAACUGGGUCGUCUGCCUCAAGGACACCUACAAAUUGGACGGCGUCAGGGGACUCUAUGCUGGUAAGCCCUUCGGAGCACCCGGAUCAAUCAAUCACUCUUCUUCAGGAACCCUGCCGGCACUCGCAGCGAACGUAGCCGAGAACGCGGUGCUGUUCACCGCCUACGGAUACUGCCAAAAGACGAUCGCGACAAUGAGCGGCCAGUCGGACGUGAGACACAUGACUCCCCUCCAGAACGCCUUCUCUGGAUCGCUCGCCGCCGUAUUCGCAGCCACAGUGCUCUGUCCGACCGAGCUCGUCAAGUGCAAACUGCAAGCCGCUCGCGAGAUGAAGAAGAAGUGCACGCCGUUCUCCGUUUGCCGAGACAUUAUGAACGAGACCGGAGUGCGCGGAUUUUUCGUCGGAAUGACGCCAACGCUGGCUCGGGAGGUUCCCGGAUACUUCUUCUUUUUCGGCGCCUACGAGACUAGCCGUUAUCUGCUGACGGAAGAAGGACAGAAGAAGGAAGAGAUCGGACUUUUGAAGACGGCUAUAUCGGGGUCGGUGGGAGGAAUGGCCCUGUGGUCAUCGAUCUAUCCGGCAGAUGUGGUCAAAUCGAGGAUGCAAGUGAGCGGAGGCGGACAGUUCCUGCCGACUUUGACGGCCGUCGUGAAGGAGCACGGCGUCCGCGGACUGUACAAGGGACUGCUGCCAACCAACCUGAGGACGUGCUUUGCUUCAGGAUGCCUGUUCGUCGCCUACGAAGAGACUCGGAAGUUCUUCCACUUCCUCCUCUAG